CCCUCCUUCCCUUCCCUCCCUCCCUCCCCUUUCGGCUGGAUCGGUGCGCCGGGGCGCCCUAUCCCCUCCGCAGCUGGGACGCGCCGAACUCGAGGCAGGAGUAGGCUCUCGGGAGCCUGGUCCCUCCCUUCCCCUUCCCUGUCCCCUUCCCCCACCCCCGACGCGGGCUUGGCGCGGCSACCAGAGGAAACCCGAGGUCCCACGGUUUCAACUUGGGAGAUGUCAUGGAGGCCACUGGAAGGCAGCACCCUCCCCCUUACCUGAGCCUCAGCCUCUUCCCCGGUCCUGUCCCCAGGGACCCCACAGCCGCACUCAGCAGAGGGAGCUUGGGAAGACUGACGGCUGCGGCCCCGGUGCUCUCUAGGAUGUCCUGAGCAGCUUUGGCCUUGGGUUUUUCACGUGGUCCCAGAGGAGCGGCGGCAGCAGACGCGGACUCCUUCUUCCAGCCUCCAGAACACAUUUCAGCAUAUAAGUCAGUGGCCCGGGAAUCCUGUGCACCAGCUGACGUUCAGCAAGAUCCUGACGUCAUCGCCAGCUGGGAACCCGCAGGCCUUUGCUGUACACUUGGGGCAUUUGCUGAGAUAUAAGUUGAAAUCAUGAGAUCAAGAAAGCAACCUUCGAUGGAACUCACGUUGGUCUGCCCCGACCCCGGACGCUGGUCACUGUCAAGUGGUUUUGGAACAUGCAGUGGACCUGUCCCUCAGUGGCCGUCUGCAGUGUCCUGAGCUUUCUCAAGAAGCAGGAAGGUUUUCUGCCUCUGCACCUCUCUGCAUCAGCCAGCUGGUUGGGUCUGAGUGGCUCACAUUCACCAGCCGGCCCCACGCCCCUGAGCUGGAGGGAUGGAGAACUCGUCGGCGGCCUCGGCCUCCUCGGAGGCUGGGAGCAGCCGAUCCCAGGAGAUCGAGGAGCUGGAGCGCUUCAUCGACAGCUACGUGCUGGAGUACCAGGUGCAGGGGCUGCUGACCGACAAGACGGAGGGUGACAUUGAGAGCCAGAGGACACAGUCCCAUAUCUCCCAGGAGGAAGCGCUCAAUGGUGGACCACCCAUGAAGGGAUUAACAGAAGAAUGGACAGCGGAUUGCAGCGAGCAGCUCAACAGCAGCUGCUCCUUCUCCAGAGGGCGAGCCCCGCCGCAGCAGAAUGGCAGCAAGGACAGCACUCUGGACAUGCUGGGCACAGACAUCUGGGCUGCCAACACCUUUGAUUCCUUCAGUGGUGCCACCUGGGACCUGCAGCCUGAAAAGCUGGACUUCACCCAGUUCCACCGGAAGGUCCGACACACGCCCAAGCAGCCAGUGCCACACAUCGACCGCGAAGGGUGUGGAAAAGGGAAACUGGAAGAUGGGGAUGGCAUCAACCUGAAUGACAUUGAGAAGGUCCUCCCGACCUGGCAGGGCUACCACCCGAUGCCCCAUGAAGUGGAGAUCGCACACACCAAGAAGCUGUUCCGGAGGAGGAGAAACGAUCGAAGAAGGCAGCAGAGACCUCCCGGGGGGAACAAGCCCCAACAGCACGGGGACCACCAGCCGGGCAGUGCCAAACACAACCGGGAUCACCAGAAAUCCUACCAGGGGGGCUCAGCGGCCCCCGCCUCAGGGAGGCCUACCCACCACGGCUACAGCCAGAACCGGCGCUGGUACCAGAGCAGCAUGAAGCACCCUCCAGGGGACAAGGGGGAGGCAGGAGCCCACCGCAACGCCAAAGAGACCGUGGCCAUCGAGAGCCCCAAACUUGAGGACACCCCAGGGGACACCAGGAACAGUGGCCUUGAAACCCCCCGCAGCCCUGACACCCUCACCCCAACAGCUCCCGAGAGGCUGCCGCCACAGCCUCCCGGGGGACCAGAGGCCGAGACCAAGCACAAAGACAGUGUCCCCCCUGAGCGCGCGGGGGAGCGGCCCAGAGUCACCCUGCUCCAGUCUUCCAAAGACAGGCUGCGGCGGAGGCUGAAGGAAAAGGUACCGGAUGAAGUGGCCGUGGAGACCACCAGCCCCCAGCAGAACAAGAUGGACAAGCUGAUCGAGAUCCUGAACAGCAUGCGGAACAACAGUAGCGACGUGGACGCCAAGCUCACCACCUUCAUGGAGGAAGCCCAGAACUCCACCAACUCCGAGGAGAUGCUGGGCGAGAUAGUGAGGACCAUCUACCAGAAGGCCGUGUCGGACCGCAGCUUCGCCUUCACGGCCGCCAAGCUCUGUGAUAAGAUGGCCCUCUUCAUGGUGGAAGGGACCAAGUUCCGCAGCCUGCUCCUCAACAUGCUCCAGAAGGACUUCACAGUGCGCGAGGAGCUGCAGCAACAGGACGUGGAGCGCUGGCUCGGCUUCAUCACCUUCCUGUGCGAGGUGUUCGGCACCAUGCGCAGCAGCACAGGCGAGCCCUUCCGCGUGCUGGUGUGCCCCAUCUACACGUGCCUCAGGGAGCUCCUGCAGUCUCAGGACGUGAAGGAAGACGCGGUCCUCUGCUGCUCUAUGGAGCUGCAGAGUACAGGCCGGCUGCUGGAGGAACAGCUGCCUGAGAUGAUGACAGAGCUCCUGGCCAGCGCCCGAGACAAGAUGCUGUGCCCCUCGGAGUCCAUGCUGACGCGGUCACUGCUCCUAGAGGUCAUCGAGCUCCAUGCCAACAGCUGGAACCCUCUGACGCCCCCCAUUACACAGUACUACAACAGAACCAUCCAGAAACUGACAGCCUGACAGCCGGGGGGCCUGGCGGGCAGCCCACGGGCAGCUGGGGCCCUGGCGCACAGGGCCAGAUGGACAGGCGGGAGGACAGGGGUGGCCCUGGCGGGAGAAAGAAAUGGGCAGGAAGGCAGGCAGAGUCGGUGGCCAGUCUGGAGCCAGCAGGGGAAGGGAUCAGAUCCCUGAGAGGAGCGUCCCCUCCCUCCCAGGUCCCUCGCCCCAACCCGAGCAUGCCGUAGCUCACACCAAUCAGGGAAGCAUGUGUCUUUUUCCUGGUGGCCCUGGCCCUCGCCCAUCCUCUCUCCUGCCCCUCCCACCCCCUGCCACUCCACC